UACACGAGAAUUGCCAGAUGGAGGAGUUGAUUCGUAUAGGUAAUUUUGAGCAGGUGGCCGCGUACUGCGAGCAGCUUGAGAUUGAGGCUCCUUUGGGAGUGACGUCUCCCGAUGUAUACGGGACCUUGCUGGCCGUCUAUUUGGUUCAAAACGACAUAAACAAUGCGCGAUUCUUGUGGAAAAGGAUUCCGGAGAAGUUAAAGAAGUCGAACGGAGAGCUCGCUUUGUUGUGGUCAAUUGGUCAGAAACUAUGGAAGAGAGACUACCCUGGCGUACACGUCGCUCUAAACCAAUCGUGGCCGCCACACAUCCAACCCAUUAUGACUGCACUGAAAGACCAGUUUCAUCGUAAUGUGUUCGAUCUGAUUGCGCGUGCAUACGACUCGAUCAGCAUCCAAGACAUGGCGUCCAUGUUAGGAGUGACAGCAGAACGUGCAGCACAAGAAGCAGUUGAAGCUGGAUGGAGAGUGAGUGCUGCUACAGGAGUUGUGCGUCCAAAAAAGAAAGUUCACGAAUCUGUUACCGGUACAGAGAGUCACCAGCAACUUGCUGCAAUGACUGAAUACGUUGCUUUCCUAGAGAACUAGUAAUUGCUAGCAAGUUAGGUAGAUACUGUAAUAACGUAUGUAAAAGCAACAGCUUCAAAUUAUAUCUAGUGGAGGUGCUUUGCUGCUUAU